GCCGGGCAUCCGAUCAUUCAUGUAGGUCAGCAGCAUAGCAGCGUAUCGCCGUACUCUCAGUGUAUGCGCACCGGCAUUUCAAUGAACGUGUUUGCUCCAUUUAGAGCAUUGAGCCAAUGCAAUGUCUCUGCUCGUCCUGUCAGUGGUCUAUGCCUGUGGAGUUGUCAGGAGGGUUAUUGAUCUACGACUGGAACAUCCUUGCUGCUGCCUUUACUCCUUUGGUUCAUGUUGUAUUUGCACUCUUGGGUUUGUCAUUCGUGCGUCAAGUUGAUGUGUAUAUGAACCUCUUCGCUGGUAAUGCCUUUCUGCCGGUACGUCCCCGUUGCACCUCAUCCGUUGGCUUCAGAUUAUACCGUUCAUUUGUACAACCAAUGACUGCAGCAUUGAAUCUUCUCCCUGCCACUGUUCCGAGACUUGCCAUUCCCACUCGCAAUGUCUUCAACAUCCUCACAAUAAGCCUGCGGUUUGACGAGGAUGAUGCAUUUUGGUGGGGUGUUGCAGGCCAACCUCUCGCCUGUCUCUUCGAACAAGCUGAUUACAACGUGCAAGUCCAGUUUAUCCACAUGCUGUUUUUCUAUUCUCGGGUUUUACCCUACCUGGGACCUCGUCCAAGCAAAACCAAUAAACCUUUCUUCAAAUCCUUCAUGACGGAUGAUCACACCCCUGUCGAAAUCAGCUGGGUCAUUCAUAACGGCAAGCUGAACGUCCGCUAUUGUGUCGAACCGGUGGGAACUAUCGUCGAUAGCGAGCAGCUGGCAGCCUUACGAAUGGUCCAUAACUUGAAGCACCUUAUGCAUGACCUUGAUUUGCGCUGGUUUGACAUUCUUCGUGAUACUCUGGUCAGCAGUUCGAGUCAUCUACAAGAAUCCACUGUUGUCUCUACAAAGCAUAAUUCACAAUAUUUCGUGGGGUUCGAUUGUGACCCUAGCGGACACAUCAAAUUAAAGGCAUAUUUCUUGCCCGAAAUGAAAGCCGCACAGACAGCCUUAACGAAGAGGGAGUUGGUCACCAAGGCCCUGGCCACCAUUGAGCCUCGUCUACUUACGCCUUGGGAAGAAAUUUUGGGGUUCUUCGAUAAACUUCCCCUCGAACUCAAACCAGAGAUUGAGUUUGUCGCCACCGAUUGUUCACCCCCAGAACAGAGUAGAAUCAAGGUUUACGUUCGGACCCGCUCUACUACCUUUGUCACCGUUAGGCAAUUCAUGACAUUGAGUGGGCAACUGAAGGGCUCUGUGGUUGACGAUGCAAUAGAGGCCGUAGAAGAUCUCUGGAGACUUGUCAUGGGCAUGGACACCUCCACCCCCGGCUGGGACAAUCAACGAUUGAGACCCCGAAUGUCUGCCGAUGCGACCGACGAUCACCUUACGGGUGGGUUGAUAUUCUACUUUGAACUUAGGGUUGACGAACGACGACCUUUCCCCAAACUUUAUCUACCCGUUCGUCACUACUGCUCGGAUGAUGCAGCUGUCGCCCGAGGGAUGGAAUCCUACUACCGUAGUUGUGGACAGCUACCUUUCGAUACAUAUGUCGAAACGAUCCAGAAGACCUUUGGUUCUCAUCGAUCCUUGGGUGCACGGACAGGGAUACAUACAUAUGUAUCUUUGGCCAUCAAGAAAGCGGACUUUGAAGUAACGAGCUACUUUAAUCCUGAGGCUUACGCCGCGGAAAGGGUCUCCGCCGACGUAGGAUCAGACCAGUAAUUGGCACAUGUCCAUUGGUAUCAUGUACAGCUGCUACGUCAUGUUAUCGGCCGCGCUGUUUUAUCGACGCGACCAUCCCGAGCGGCCACUACCUUAUCGUAUACAAUGUCCAAGCAACAGCGGUCCUCCAGUUUUAUAUAAUGUUCACCGUGUUGUUGAACUUGGACUACGCAAAAGCAAUACAUAGUUUCAAUGACCAACGGUUGCAAAGAGCAUAACGGCGGGGCACGAUCGACGCCGACGACGCUACACCGACUACCAAACGCUGCGCCGCAUUCGCGCUUCACCCCGGAAAUCGCCUCGGGAUAACCAUCACCGGCCGUUGAAUAUUGCAUGUUGAACAACUGGGCCGAACUACAUAUGUGGACAUCCUUCCUAGGGGAGAAAUCAAUAUAAAGUGUCAGU